UAUUCUUUGAUUGAUAUUAUUUAGUUAUGAUGUAUGUACGAUGCCGAGACAAAUAUUUCUCUUAAGGAGCUCUCACUUGGGUCUGGGAAACUCCAGAGGAGCGAUCCUUACAGCUUUGACUUCCCGUCCACCCCAUAUUGAUGACUAAUAUUGUACGUUAAUAUAUUUUCAUGGUUUUGCGUAAUUCUUUCGCUGCCAAUUGCACUCAUCCGCUUGAUGAUAGUUUGGUGGGGGAAUUUCAUCACGUUGCGAAAAGAGGCCCGACCAGAGAGUGGCUUUGGCUUCGCCGUUGGCCUUGUGGCUUUUUUGUCGUGUCGAGGUUGUGUGGGUGCGUCCGUGUACCGGGAACGGGAAUGGGAAUGGGAAUGGGAACGACGACGCCAAAUCCACGUAGCUGAUAGCGAAACUUGCAAUCGGGUGAUGGAACCAGGGGGGGAGCGGUGUGUGCUCAGGGGGUAUUCACCGACGCCGUCGGCUAUUUUUAUCGCUCUCUCUCUCUCUUGCUACGCAGUUAGCAAUGCUACACGCUCCAGCGCUUUGACGGCUCUCUGCGGCCUGUCAGCGGCAGCUUUCUGGGAGAGUAUAAAAGAUGCCGGCCGGCAAGCAUUCAUUACCAGUUCGAAGCUUGCGACGACAGCGAAAGCAAAGCCAAAGCAAAGCCAAAACAAAGCCAAAACAACACACACAAAGGGAGACAGCAACAUGAGUGAAUUAGGGAAACUGCAGGAGCCACAGGGCCAGCAGGGGCAGCAGCCACAGUCCGUGGAGCUGCUCGACUGCGACAUCGAGUUCGACGAGGAGCUGCCGCAGUCCUCGCAGCAGGCCCAGGGCUCGAAGCAGUCCAAGGCCAAGAAGCAUCGGCAUCAAUCGGACACGCUCUUCAGCCAGGCCAUCAGGAAGGUCUCGAAGGUGCAGCGCAUGCUGGAGCAGGCUAUGGUCCUGCUGGCCGAGGAGGAGGCCGCAGAGGGUGCCAAGUCCCAGCCGAAGAAGUCCAAGAAGCAGAACAAGAAGGACAAGAAGAAGGACAAGAAGAAGGCCAAGAAGCAGGAGAAGAAGCGCAGGAAGUCCGAAGGUGCAGCCCUCGGUGAGCAGCCUGACGUGGAACUCGACGACGCGGAGGUGCCCACCACCAGCCGUCCUCGCUCCGACAGCAUCAGCUCGACGAGCUCCAGCUCCAGCUCGAGCUCCAGCUCCUCGAGCAGCUCCAGCUCCGGCUCGGAGGACGCGCCGCACUAUUAUGCGUAUGGCUGGGGACGCAAGCACUGGGGAGGCGGAUGGCCUCAUGGCCCUCAUGGCCCUCACGGAGGCCCCCAUCAUCGCCACCAUGGACGCGAUCGUUCCCGAUCUCGCAGUCGCUCUCAUGGACGCCACGGCCAUGGACACGGACACGGACACGGACACGGACAUGGUAAUCGUCGUCAUGGCCACGGUGGCCGUCAUUUCGGACCCCAUCACUUCGGGCACCAUCAUUUUGGACCCCACCAUUUCGGACCCCAGCACUUUGGUCCUCAUGGCUUCGGGCCACGUGACUGGGCAGCCGCCUGUCCGUCCGGAUUCGAUCGCCGUGCCGCCUGGCUAGCACCUUGGGCCGAGCAGUGCCGGUUUUUUCGGUCGGCGGGCCUGCCGUGGGCCCUGGAACACAGCGCGGCAAGAAGGGGGCGAUCGAUCUCUAGACCACCAUUCCGUGGAGAUUGUAGACAUCAGCACGGAGAGCAUCAGCGACGCGGACACGGACACGGACAUGGCCACCAAUUUGGUUCACAUGACCGUCGAGUAGCCCGAUCGAGCUCCAGCUCCAGUUCCAGCUCAAGCUCCAGCUCGAGUUCUAGUUCAGACAGCGAGCCGGAACUGAUCCAGUGCGGGCGCGGACGCGGACGCAAGGGAUCGCGUCGCAGGAGCCGUCAUGGCCACCGCUCCAGCUCUAGCUCCAGCGGGCACUCGGACACCGAAAAGAAGGGAAAGAAGAAUAAGUGCCGCAGAAAGAGUCGUGGAGAACGGAUUCAUGGACCCCACCACGGUCCUCAUCACGGACCCCACCACGGACCUCACCACGGCCCUCAUCACGGGCCCCACCACGGCCCUCAUCGUGGACCCCACCACGGCCCUCAUCACAGGCCCCACCACGGCCCACAUCGUGGACCCCACCACGGUCGUCAUGGAUUUCACCACGGACCUAAUUUUGGACUCAAUCUUGGACCCGAUUUCGCUUGGCAUUUUCAUGGACGCUAUGGAGGGCCUCCAGCUGUCGGCUUUGAAGGAGCACCAGCCUAUGGUCCCCCGCGGUCUCCCAGCUUUGGUCCACCUCCUGAAUGCCGUGGACGCAGGCGUAGUCUUUCUCGUUCCCCUUCUCGUUCCCGUUCCCGUUCGCGCUGUGACAAAAAGAAGGAGGAACGAAAGGGUUCUCGCUCCCGGUCCCGCUCUGGAUCGCGCUCAGGCGGGAAAGAGAACGCCAAGGACAUGGACAAGAAACAUCAGAAACAUGGCAAAGUCCGGGUCCCCAUCGUGGAUCCAUUCCAAAUCCUGGCCAUGGUCAGCCUCGUGGACCCGUCCCACACUUCGAGCAUGGCCCCCAUUAUAGGAACGCUCUUCAUCGUGGAUCCGUUCCCCUUCAUGGACAUGACAGCCCAUGGGGCUGGCGGGCCUAAGCGACUGCGGCGACAGCUGCCACAAAAGUAUAUCAAUUUACCUUCAAUGUAUCCUUAACCAGCCUCAGGCAUAGUCCUUGAUGUUGUACCCACCAAACAAUUGUUAUUAUAUUCCAAAA